AGCGUGUAGCCUGUCACCGCAGCCCGGCGGCCCGAGCGCCUUGCCUGGGGCUGGGGCCCUGGCGCUGGGGCGCAGAUGUGAGCCUUGGAGGAGCCACCCUCGUGGUCAGGAACAGAGCGGGGACACAGCUGGGCACUCGGAAGCACCUUUUCCUGGGGACUGAUCAAGAGGAAGGGAGGCCCAGGAACAGCGCUGAGGCUCAGGCCCCAAACCACACCUGCUGCUCCAGCAACCCCGCAGCUGAGCAAAGCCUCCAGGCCUGACUUGGAGCCUCACUGGAGAACCGACCAGGGAGCCUUCCAGGAUGCCUGCCUCACCGCACAACCUGACCGUGGUGGGGAAGUUAAGGAACAUGACGGUGGAUGAGUGCUUCCAGUCUCGGAACACGGUCCUGCAGGGGCAGCCCUUCGGGGGCAUCCCCACCGUGCUGUUCCUCAACAUCAUCUUGUGGAUGCUCAUCCUUGUGGUUUACUCCUUCCUCCGAAAAGCUGCGUGGGACUACGGGCGCCUGGCUCUGCUGAUACACAAUGACAGCCUGACCUCACUGAUCUAUGGGGAGCACAGCGAGAAGACGUCUCCCUCAGAGAUCUCUUUGGAGAUGGAACGCAGGGACAAGGGCUUCUGUUCCUGGUUCAUCAACAGCCUCACCAUGAGGGACGAGGACCUGAUCAGCAAGUGUGGGGACGACGCGCGCAUCUACGUCACGUUGCAGUACCACCUCAUCAUCUUCAUGCUCAUCAUCUGCAUCCCCUCCCUGGGCAUCAUCCUGCCCAUCAACUACACGGGGAACGUCCUGGACUGGAGUAGUCACUUUGCUCGGACCACCAUUGUCAAUGUCUCCACAGAAAGCAAGCUGCUGUGGCUACACAGCCUCCUGUCCUUCGUGUACUUCAUCACCAACUUCAUAUUCAUGGCUCAUCACGCCAUGGGGUUUGGGCCCAAGAAGAGCCACAAGGUCACAAGGACACUAAUGAUCACCUAUGUGCCCACAGACAUCGAAGACCCAGAGAUCAUCAUCAAGCAUUUUCACGAAGCCUAUCCAGGGUGCAUGGUGACCAGAGUCCACUUCUGCUAUGAUGUCAGGAACCUGAUCGACUUGGAUGAUCAGAGGCGCCAUGCCAUGCGGGGCCGACUCUUCUACACAGCCAAGGCCAAGAAGACUGGGAAGGUGAUGAUUAGGAUCCACCCCUGCUCCCGCCUGUGCUUCUGCCAGUGCUGGACCUGCUUCAAGAAGGUAGACGCAGAGCAGUACUACAGUGAGCUGGAGGAGCAGCUGACCGACGAGUUCAACGCGGAGCUCAACCGCGUCCCGCUGAAGCGACUCGACCUGAUCUUUGUCACCUUCCAGGACUCGAGGAUGGCGAAGCGCGUCCAGGAGGAUUACAGGUACAUCCACUGUGGCGUGCAGCCCCAGCAGUCCUCAGUGACCACCAUCGUCAAGUCCUACAACUGGAGGGUCACUCUCGCCCCACACCCCAAAGACAUUAUUUGGAAACACCUCUCUGUUCGCCGCUUCUUUUGGUGGGCCCGCUUCAUCGCGAUCAACGCCUUCCUCUUCUUCCUCUUCUUCUUCCUCACCACACCUGCCAUCAUCAUCAACACCAUUGACAUGUACAACGUCACCCGCCCCAUCGAGAAACUGCAGAGCCCCAUCGUGACCCAGUUCUUCCCCUCCGUGUUGCUCUGGGCCUUCACGGUGAUACUGCCUUUAAUCGUCUACUUCUCCGCCUUCCUAGAGGCCCACUGGACCAGAUCGAGUCAGAAUCUGAUCAUAGUGCACAAGUGCUACAUCUUUCUGGUGUUCAUGGUGGUCAUUCUGCCCUCUAUGGGACUGACCAGUUUGGAUGUCUUUUUGCGCUGGCUCUUUGACGUCUACUAUCUGGAGCAGGCGUCCAUCAGGUUCCAGUGCGUGUUCCUGCCAGACAACGGCGCCUUCUUCGUCAGCUACGUGAUCACGGCAGCUCUCCUGGGCACGAGCAUGGACCUGCUCCGCCUGGGGUCGCUCUGCUGGUACAGCACCCGCCUCUUCUUCUCCAGGUCGGAGCCAGAGAGAGCUCAUAUCAGAAAGGACCAGGCCACAGACUUCCAGUACGGGCGAGAAUACGCGUGGAUGAUGAACGUCUUCAGCGUGGUGAUGGCGUACAGCAUCACUUGUCCCAUCAUUGUCCCUUUCGGGCUGCUGUACCUGGCCAUGAAGCACUUGACAGAUCGCUAUAACAUGUACUACUCCUACGCGCCCACCAAGCUGAAUGGGCAGAUCCACAUGGCGGCCAUCUCCCAGGCCAUCUUUGCACCGCUCUUGGGUCUGUUCUGGAUGCUUUUCUUCUCCGUCCUGCGGCUAGGUUCCCUCCACACCAUCACCAUUGUUUCCCUGUCCAACCUCCUCAUUUCCAUGGUGGUUGCUUUUGUUGGCAUCUUUAUGGGGAGGUUUUGGAUGAGCCCUGACUACAAGCCCGAGGAGGAGGAGGUCCAGACUGUGUUCGAUGUGGAGCCAAGCAGCACCUCCUCCACGCCCACCUCCCUUCUGUACGUGGCCACCGUGCUGCAAGAGCCAGAGCUGAAUCUGACCCCAGCGUCCUCCCCAGCCAGGCACACCUACGGCACCAUGAACAGCCAGCAGCCAGAGGAAGGAGAAGAAGAGAGUGGUCUGAGGGGCUUUGCAGGGGAGCUGGACUCAGCCCAGUUCCAGGAGGGGCUGGAACUAGAGGGCCAGAGCCAGUACCACUGACCAGGACCCCGGGCCUCCACUGGGGACUCGCUGAGGGCCAGGGCAAGGCCUGGCAGGGGGAGGCAGGAGGGUGGCCUGGACCUCCCCACUACCUCCUGCAGACCUUGGGAGGCGCCCAGUGGAGACAUCUGCCGUCCCGGCCACGGCUACACGGAGGCCCUGCCCUGCUGAGCGGCUGGAACUGGAGGCGCUAGGCUGGGCAGAGGCGCCGGGGGAGAUGGAGGAUCAGGCAGGCACCCUGCCUCGGGAGACGUGGCCGAAGCCCUGGGCACAGAGACUGAGCGCGGGGGCACCUGCCUGGGGUUGCGAUGGAGAAGGUGUGCACAGGAAGGAGGCAGAAGGAAGCCUGCUGAAGGCUCUCGGGCGUUGUCGCCACCCCUGCACCAGCUGCCCUUCCAAGGAGCUUCUGCCGCUGCACCCCCCACCUCUGGCCCCUUCGUCCCCCGCAGUCCGAGGCAAAAGUACACGCACCGGGCCUCGCUGCGAGACACAGACGACCGUCCGGGAGGAGAAAGUUUCUGCACCGUAGGCCUGAAAAGAGGUGACUGAGCUCCUUCCUGUUCCUCUGCCCCUGGGCAGAUGUCCCCAGGACCCACAGGGUGGAGGCCCUUCUCCUUCCUGUUCUUACAGGGGGGUAGACGAGGCAUGGUCACUGGGGCUCAUUAAACGAGACCUGCGUGCAUUUUUAAGAAGGAAAACUCGGCUGGUCCUUGCUGGGUACUGUGAGGCGGGGA